AUGACGGCGCCGCCCCAGUGCGAGCCCCUGUGCCAGUUCUCGGACCGGCUAUACUUCACCAGCUUUCCGCACCCCGCACCGCGACAGUCUACGCUGAACGGACCGCUGGGAGAGGCACUGAAGCCCAAGAUACGCGGGACGAGCCGCGGCUCUGCGCCCGUGACGCCGGACGAGGACGCGCGGUACUACUACUUCUCCGUCGACGACCAGCUCGUCUACACGUCCUUCUUCCAGGACUGGGGACCUCUCAACCUGGCAAUGGUCUACAAGUCCUGCAUCUACAUACACCAACUGCUGGUCGACGAGGAGCUGCAGGGCUACCGCCUCGUGCUGUACUCUUCCGAUAACGCCCAUCUCAAAGCCAACUCUGCACUGCUCAUGGCCCUCUUCGCACUGAUCGUACAACAACGAGCACCGUGGGACGCGUUCCAGCCACUCGCCGAAAUCGAGUUUCAGCCCUUCCGCGACGCAGGGCGCGGGCGCGCCGACUUCAACUUGAGCAUCCAGGACUGCCUGUGGGGCAUGUACAAGGCGAUCCAGAACGGACUAUGCGAUCUAAGCGAGUUCGACGUGGGAGAGUACGAGCACUACGAGAAGGUCGAGAACGGCGACUGGAAUUGGAUAACGCCCGGCUUCAUCGCGUUCGCAUCGCCCAUCGACCACUCCUGGAUGAAAGCGCAGAAAGAGGCGCGCAUCGCCAACGACGGGCGCACCGAUCAAAGUCCCACUCGGGCCAGUCCGAAGAAGGAAACUGCGCUGCAGCGGAAACUCCCCACGCCAUUCGUCAACUGCUUGGAGUACUUCGAGGAGCGCAACGUCAAGCUCGUUAUCCGCCUCAACAACGAGCUUUACGAUCGGAAUACCUUCCUUGAGCGAGGGAUCGACCAUCUCGAGAUGUACUUCGACGACGGCACGAACCCUACCGAUGAGAUCACCCGCAGAUUCAUUGAAGUUGCGGACGGUGUCAUCUCAUCCGGCGGCGUUGUGGCGGUCCAUUGCAAGGCCGGUCUUGGACGCACAGGUACACUCAUCGGCGCCUACCUCAUCUGGAAGUACGGCUUCACAGCGUCAGAAGCCAUCGCCUUCAUGCGCAUCGCUCGCCCAGGUUGCGUCGUAGGCCCACAACAGCAGUUCAUGUACUGCAAGCAGCUGGAGUGGGCGAAGUGGGCCGCCGUGGACGAGGUUCGGCGGGCGCAGGAGCAAGAGAAGGCUAACGAGCGCGUUGCCACUGCGGUUGUGGUUGCGCCCGUAACGCCACCCGCAGAGGAGGAAGGGUCGGAGAACGACGCAGAGGUGGAGAAGGACGUGGAGAUGACCGCUGUGCCUGUUGUCGUUGUACCAGCGACACCAGCUCGCAUUCCUCCGGUUACGCCUUCGAAGCAUGUCGCUGCCGCUACCGCCGCUGCACGCGCCCGUGGUCAGCCCCCACCUGGUCAGCCACGGAAGACGCCCAACGCCAAGCGCCUAGCCAGCGAUUGCUCAUCCGACGAUGAGGACGGCGAGGAGGACGAUGUCUUACCUGCUCUAGGCAUCGCACCCGUCGCCCGCCCUCGAUCCCGGACCGCUACGAAAGUCCGUCCAGGACUGGGUGUCACAGCGAGCGAGCAGCGCCCGACACGCGUCACUCGCAGUGCCGUCGCCGCCACCAACGGCACCACACGGCGACCCGGCACAUCGCUCGCUGCUCCCAAACCACCCGCUACGAAGGCCACAAAGCCCAGUAGCAACGGUAGUCAAACGGGUCCGAACAAGAUCCCGCGAUUGGCACACGCUACGACUGCGCGGGGUACUACCGCCUCAGCGUCGAGCUCAAACUCCAACUCGACUGCUUCGACGUCCACCUCGACGUCCAAUGCCGCUCCCCCCUCAAAGCUCCCGGCAGCACCAGCACCAGGCGGAGUCGCCACGGCUCUCCGCCGUACAUUGCGACCACCGAGCCCAACACCCAGCCGCCUACCGAAGCUCGCACAUACACGUGGCGCAGGCAGCGUGAGCAACCUCGCCGAGCUGGGUGCAACCGGCCACACACUCAAGCCCACACAACCCGGUACCGGGCAAUGGGUCCGCGAUGAAGCCGGUGCGGUCGUUAAACACGCCAAAGGCGAACGGCCGGGAUUGCGGAGGGAGAGGAGACGGCGGAGCAGUUUUAGUGCUGCUGAUGUCGUCGCGUGA